GGAGAUGUAUUCCUUAUACCGAGCCUGGCUCCAGUUCGGCACUCCAGGUCUGGCCGCCGGUUUUCAAAACGCCCACGCUUUGCAACAGGUCACCGGCGCCCCCCUCAACAUUCCCCCUCCCAACCAGCCACCAAGCGCGCCCGACGUGUCUCUACAAGUCGGACCGAGCAUGACUCAUUUCUCCGCUCACAAGGCCAUCUUGACGGCGCACAGCGGUUACUUCAAGGCCGCCUUGGUAAACCACACAGACACGGAACCCAUUUCCGUUCCAAACGUCAACGUCGACGAGUUUUCCUACCUACUGACCUUCAUGUACACCGGAUACCUGGACCUCAACAUCCGCAACAUCUAUAACAUCCUCUUGGCCACGCACAUCUUGCACAUGCCUACCGCACUCGAGAUCUGCCGCUCGUUCCUUCUGCAAACCCAGAACGUGGAGAAUCGCACCAACGUCAUCAAGCCCAUAGCCAGCAGGAAGGCCUUGGUACCCACCCAACCCAUCUACGCUCCCAACAACACCGCAGUGCUGCCCAAAUCCGAGGACACGCCGUUCACCAUCGUCAGACAGCCGGAGAAACUGUCCAACACCCUGAACCAAGCGUCCACCUCGAAGGCGAACCUCGACAGGGAACCGACACCGUCGCAACUCAACACCAGGUCGGAAAAGAAGGGAAUAGACAAGUCGAGGAUGAAGCGGAGGACAGAACCUGCCAAUUCGAAGGUGAUCAUCGACGUCGCCUGCUGCGACGGACCGGUGAGGUUCCACAGGGUCGUGAACAAGAACUACGGGCUCAGGGAUAGCGUGGAUGACCGUGUAGACCAGCAGCAAGAGGUGAACGCAAACGACGCCCUCAACAAGGCCAUGGCCGAGAACAUCAGGGACAAGCCGGUGGGCGACGAGAACAGCGGUGGCAACGAGCUGUUCACCUGCCUGUACUGCAACCACACCUUCAAGUCGCAAUACUGCUACCAGAAGCACGCCAGGAGGCACCUGAACCCGGUGAGCGUGGAAGCGAAGGCGGUCACCAAGGAGCUGAAGAGGGAGGUGAAACUGCUGGACAUGAACGUCCAGUAUUACCCUUGCAAGACGUGCGGCUCCAAGUUCCCCAGCUACUACUUCGUUCACAAGCACAGGAAGAUGUGCCACGCGGAAGAGAUGGCCGAUCUGACCAACAGGAACAACGAGAUAGUGAUGGAGAGAUCGGACGAGGCGGAUAGGGCCAGCACCAACAGCUCCAUAGACGUGGAAGCCUUGAAUUCCGACCAUAACGAAGGUUCUUAGGGGUUGUUUUUGGAAUGGAAACGUGACAGGGUUUUUAUUAUGCUCAGUUGUAAAUAAUUAUAGAUUAAUUAGGACAAGCUCAUUGUGAAUAAGUACAUUAAAAUUAAAUUUUUCCUCAUGAGAAGUAAGAUUAUUUCAGUUUAUUGAUUCCAGCGUCAGAGUAAAUGAAUUUCUCAAAAUAAUUAAUAGAAAAAAAAACAUAAUGAAGCGUAUGUUUCGUUAGAUCAGCAUU